UGGUCGACGUCGCCGUCGUGCUAAAUAACAUUCAGUCAGAAGACGUGUACAGUAUUGUUCGCGCACAAAAAAAAAUCGUUCGCAUCAAAUAGAAGGAAUUUUGGUUCAUUGAAAUUUCUUCUACCCAGAAAACAACAACAACAAUAUUUUUGUACAUUUUGUUUCGAUAAUAAAUGGUGUUUCGUGUAAAAAUGAAUUGAAUUUAGUGAAAAAUAGUGCGAGAAACGACAUAAAAUCUGCAGUGAAGUAAUUAAGUCAAAAAAAUUUCGUUGGAAUGUCAGGCCGCAACGCAUUGGAUUUGAAAGUAAAAUAUUUUUUGCUUUUUUUUCGAGCGUAAAUUCCACAAUACAUGAAACGAAAAGAAAAGAGAGAAAAAAAGAGUUUGUGAUUUGUGUUUUUGAAUUUUACUUUAUUUGCAAUUCGCAAAAGCGCCAUAGCCUGUGAAUACAUAAAUUGCAAUUUAUCGAAGCGAUUUUUGUUUUUGCUGUUUUUUUUCUGUUAUUUUAUGAUUGGUUUUUGAUAUGAAAUGGUAACUUUUGUUGCGAAAAAUGAGGUUUAAAGUGAAAAAUGUACAAUCAAAACAAAAGAAUGGCAGUGCGUGCAACCACAUUUUAGAGCGCCACUCAAACUUCAUUAUGGGUGUGUGAUUUGUUGUUGAUACAUAUAUAUAUAUAUAUAGAUGUAUGUUGAAAUAUAUACGUAUGCUGUGUGUAUGGCAGAGAAAGAGAGUAAAAAUAGCUGCAGUGAUUUGGAUCAAAUUGUAAAUCUUUUCCGGGGGUGUGAAUUUUCAUCGUUUGACAGAGAGAGAGAGAGAGAGUUCAAAAUCGCCGUAAGCGAAACAGAAAAUAAUUUUUAAAAAUACACAAGAUUUGUAUUUUUUUUCUUCUCUUUGCUCGCGCAAUAUGUUCUCGCCGUAUUUUUUUUCUGAAGCUGUAUUUAGAUUUGAUUUCAUCAUGAGUCGUGUACUGAAUCUGUUUUUUUUGCUUCUUCUUAUGUGUUUCUCUCCUGAAAUAUGAUGUAUGUAUGUGUGUGUGUGUGUGUGUGUGUGUGUGUGUGUGUGUGUGUGUGUGUGGUGUUUGAUGCAAUGUGCAGUGAUUAUUUUUGUCACGGUCUCACUUCAUGAGCCUUGUUGCGUUUUCGAUGUCACGGUUUAUGCGAUUUUGCCUCUUCUAUAUCACUAUUUUUUUUUGUUCCUUUCAAUUUGCCUUCACUAUUCGAUGUUAUAUGUUCUCGAACAUUGUCGUCGUUUCUUUCGUUUAUUCCAACUCCAAAAUCGUCCAUACAUUAGAUAGAGCCAAAAUGAGACAGACAUGGCUUAUUAUUAUACAAUCGAACUUUGGUCACAUGUCACCAUAAUGGGUAUUAAACGCGCUUAGUUCAUUCAUUUCCAUUUGGUUUGCGAAUCCCAUUGUUUGCAUAAUUAUUGCGUGCUAAAUUAUAUCUGGUGGCAUAAGGAUAGGAGCAAGAAACGACGACAGAAUUUCGGUCGACAAACUUCUAAAAUUCCACGGAUACAACGAAAACCGCCUAACACAGAACGAAUAAAAAAAAACAACAACGACAUGGCAAUAUUGUAUAACAUUUGGCAUACAAAAAAGUAGCCAUCUGAAGUGAUAUUUCAUGGCGAAUAAGCUAAAUAUCAUUUAAAUUAAUACCAGGCAAAUUUCGGUGUUGUUGUUCUUCGUCGUCGUCGUCGUCUUCGUUGUCUUUUCCUUCUUCUUCUUCUCCUUAUUUUAUUCCGUUUCGUUUUCGCUCUGUUCUACUCGUCGUUUUGCUUUUCGUAUUCUGUUCUGUUCGGUGUUGUUUUUUCUUCUUCUUCUGUGUGGUGAUUUUGGUGUGCUAUGUGCGUGAUUAUAUCUAUAAAAGGAGCUAUAAUUGAAUGUGCGACACUCAUGUGUGAAUUUGUUUUGGCUGCUACACAUUUUUUAUGUGGCGCUGCUGCUGCUGCUGUGUUUUUGUCGUGGCUGCCAUCACCACCAAAGUCGCGCCAUAACCAUAUCCUCUAUCUCUAUCUAUGUUUUUUUUUCCCUAAUUGUAUUGUCCAUUCUUGGUGUGCUAUAUACUGACGCGACUUCUAGUGUUAAUGCUUUACUUGGUUUACUCUGUCGCGUGCGCUCUCUCGGUGGUGUGUAUUCAGGGCAUUGAAAAAUGGCACACUCAAUACACACCCAGUUAUCUAUAUCCUAUACAUGUAUCGUCGCUCUUUCACGGUGUAUAUAUCAAUGCAUAUACCGAUAUAAGAUGCGCAAUGUUUCGACUACAUAAAUCUAUAUGUAUACAUAUGAAUAGCAUGGAUCCAUGUCGGUGGGACCAGAGCCAAGGGGCAACUUUCCAAUAUAGGCCAUAAUUUUUGCGAAAUGUCGUAAAACAAUUUUAAAAAAAUUACAUUAAUCAUUGGCAAAGUUGAGCUUAAAAAAAUUGCCCCGAAUAAUUCUCAUACCAUCAAAACAUUGCAACAACAGCAAUAACAAGCAAAGGAUAGAGAGACACAAUAAAAAGAGUAAUAAUAAUGUGUACUACGACAACCUAAUUGUAUAAUAGAAAACCACGUUAUGGCUGAUACUACAAAUACAACUGCUACUACGUUGUGUGUGCACACACAAGACAUGUACUCCGUCGUACAAAUAUCACUACGUAUAUACCCAGCGAAUGAUGUAUAUAUGUAUAUAGAUGGCGACUUGUGGCCAUAGUCUGAAUUGGUUGCGCUAGACUCGCGCGUCACAACGACACACGAUAACCACACACAUUGCAAAGUGCUAUCGCACUGCGAGGCGCACUAAGAGUUGUUUUUGUUUUUUUUUUCUCUACACUACUGCUUCUUCUUCUUCUUUUUUUCCAUUUUAUUUUGCUUUCAGCUUUAUUUUGCUGAACGAAUUCUCUUAUCUCUCGAGACGCAUGCACGAGGGCGAGUCAGUGAGUGUGUUGUUGCUUGGCGUAGAAGCAUUGAAAGAUGAGGAAAAAAAACAGCACACAACAAAACGUUUCGCCAGAAAGCAGAAAGAGAGAGAAAUAUCAAGCGUAAAACACAUCGUGGCGGAUUCGAGUGGCGUGUGUGUAGUAAGCAGACCGUAUAACGUAUAGUUCGUGUCGUAUAUAGCAUGCGCACGCUCGUUCGUUCAUUCUUUCGCUCGCUUUUCUCUGCAUCUCCCAAAAUUGUGUUUGGCGUAUCGAGUUUAAUGCGCGCUUAACAAACUUACGACGUACGAUUCACUCGUGUAUGGUUGUUAACUACGCCACAAUCAAAACACUGUUACUUUUUUUUUAUCAAGCUCGUAUCACAUACAACAUAUUUGUGCUUCGAAACAAUCGAAAAACGGGAAAUACCCAAUCACAAAUCCAAAUAAUUUUUAACAUUUUUUAAAUGAAACGCUUUGAAUAUUGAGUCAAUAAUUUUAUGUAAAAAUUCAGUAUAAAUAGUUCAGUGAUUGUGAAAUAGUGUGUUUUUGUUUUUUUUUCACCUCCUCAAUAACACGACCUGCAAUGUGCUACGUGAAAUUACAUCAGUGAUUUGUGUUUUUUUAGGGUGCGCUGCAAUGGAUGUGAUACAGACCAAUUGAAUGAAAACAAUUAUACAGAAAAACUACUUCAAUCAACUUAAUAUCGCAUAGAUACAAAUCAAAACCGUUACAAUGUGAACGAAAAGUGAAAAUGUAAACGACGACAAAAAAAAGACAACAACAACCAAUCGAAAUGUGAACAAUCAGUGCAAAUUUCCAUGUAAAAAGAAAGUUGUUCUGGCAGGGGGAAAAUCCAAAUACGGAAAUGCCCACAAUAAUUGAAAAUGACAAAACCAUUCAAAACAAGUGAAUUAAACUCCAAGAGAAUUUGUGUUAAAAGACGGAGAUCGAUUUUAAUUUCGAUUUCAACUUCAAUUGAUCGAAUGUAAAACCAGAAAGAAGUGAGAAAAAGAAGAAGAAAAAUCCAAAACGAAAAAAAACAAGCAAAAAAUCAAGAUACAAAACAAGUCUGACAUCGGAAGAAUAAAUGAAGUUAAAGUUCCAGGGCAAAACGGAAAAAGGAAAUUUUUAAGGAAGACAGAAGAACCGAGAAGCAAAAAAGCAGAAAAAAAAUGUCAGCUACAUCAACGUCACUACCACCAGCGGCCGCUAAUGCGGCCAAUGAAAAUGUGGAACCAUCACCACAAAAUAGCCUACGGAAUUCAAAGUCAUCGAAAUCAUCAUCAUCGUCGACGACCGCUGACAAAUUGGGCGUAUGCCUGCAGGGCUAUUUAAAGAAACAAAAAACAAUGAAGAAAAAAUAUUUCGUGCUUGUGAGUAAUAAUGGUGAAAAACCGGCGCGCUUAGAAUACUAUGACAGUGAGAAAAAGUUUCGAUCACGUUUCGGCCAUCCAAAACGCAGUAUUGUGCUGAAAAGUUGCUUUCACAUCAGUCAACGGCUUGAUACGAAGCAAAAAUUUGUUAUCGCUUUGUAUACGCGGGAGGACAGCUUUUGCAUUGUCAUGGAUAACGAAUGCGAAAUGAUGAAAUGGCUGAAUGCGUUGCAAACACUACGCCAACACGAAGAAAGUGAAGUGGAUUUGCCGCGCACAACAUUUGAACAUGUGUGGGAAGUGCAAGUACAUCGAAGAGGUUUGGCGGUUGAGAAAAAUAUCGUUGGCACGUAUCAUCUCUGUUUAACCGAUAAAGCGUUGCGGUUGUCACAGACCGGCUCAAAGACGACACAAAAUGGUGAACAACGAAUGCCAUACGUUGAGUUUCUAUUGACAACGAUCAGACGAUGCGGCGAUUCGCAGCGAUUUUUCUAUAUGGAAGUGGGACGUCACAGUGCAAUCGGCGCCGGAGAGCUUUAUAUGGAAACGGAAGAUCCGUUGAUUGCACAAAAUAUGCAUACAACGAUUAUCAACGCAAUGUCAACAAAUCGAAACCGUGAAGAGUUCCGAAACCGGUCAUCAUCUGCAAAUGAGGCGUCCAAGCCAAUGAUGGUGCUACAACGUCGUCAAACGCAAGGCAGCAAAACGCUAAACUUUUCACCAUCAAAUGGAGCCAAUUCCGUUGUCGAGCAUGAUGAUGACUCGGAAUCGACGUAUUUGAUAACAACGCACCAUCAUUGUCAGAAUCCGAGUCACACACAUCACCACAGUCAUCGUCGUGGUUCGGGCUAUCGCUAUCCGGUUGCCGAUACAGUUGUUGAAGAGUCAACGGGUGGUUCCAUUGUGACGGUCAUCAGCAACACAUCAUCAAUUCGGCCAAACGCUUCAACACCGGACAUCGUUCUUACCAAUUCCGAAUCGAUGGAAAGCGAAGUGCCAGUUGUUGACGACGACCAUCAACCAAACGUCGUACGAUCACUAUCGAUUGACACAACGGAAAACAUUGCAGGAGAUGAUUGUGUGGAUUCGUCAAAGGCGGCCAUGCCACUGCCGUCGUCAUCGUCGUCGUCCACGUCUUUGUCAGCAACAACUGCUCCGGCAACCGAACCAAUUCCAAAUAACAUCAACGAAGCGGCGCAAAAUAAUAACAAUAAUACACAAAUGGCCGGCAUUGUCACGGCAAUGCGACCGGCGGGCGCUGUAGUAACAACCACCAUCACAACAAUCGUUUCACAAAAUCCAUGUCAAACCGUCAUCACUUCAACUUCAUACAGUACGAAUUCACUAAAAGCAGCACCAACCCAAUCGGUGGCUGCCACUAAAGUUGGAACAUCGUCGUUCAUCAAUUUGACCACAUGUAAUCCACAAUAUCUUCGUUCAAUGCAGUCAUCUUCCUAUCAUCGUCGUCAUUCGGUUUCAGUAGUAGCUGCAAAUAGUUUUUCAGUUCUUGCGUCAAAUGAAUUAACCGUAUCACAUCAAAGAGCAUUUUCAUUACCAAUAACAACCACAACCGCUUUAUUGACAUCAUCGCCUAGUGAAUUAAAUGCAGAAAAUUCUCAUAUCAAAAUGAAAUCCGUAGCACAAGUGCCCAUCAUUAGUUCACAGCCAAAUAGCGGUAGUGCGAUCCCAUCUAUAUCGACGAUGAUCACAAAAUCAAAUCAUCUCCAUCAUCAUCAUCAGCACAGUUGUUUUCAUCAGCGAACACGUUCGCUACCACUCACCGAAGAAGAGUCACCUGUCGAUAUGAUGAUGUUCCCAUCGGGCGCAUCGUCGUCAUCAUCACUGUUGCAUUCAUUUGACCGUAGUAAUACCGAAUUGCAUCCGGUGGCUACAUCUGGUGGUUGUUUGGCAUCAUAUCCGAAAAAUAGCAUUUCAUCGCUGUCGUCAAUGCAUUCGUCAUCGAAUUCAUCGAUAACAACAGCCGCUGCGGCUGCUGCUGCUGCCGCCGUCUCGGCCACAGCCGAACUGAACGGUUCGUCGAUACUGCGCAAAUUGUGCGAAACCAUGUGCACAUUGAGAAAUGCCGACGGAAGUCGUAAACACCUGCCAACCUGCUGUUUUUAUCACAUCGAUAAACCAAGCAAUAAAAAUCACACUCAUAAACCAAUCAAACCGAACUAUCAAAAUAAUCGUUUGAACAUUAACAACAACAAUCACAUUCACACCGCGUCUUCUGAUGCCGUUGAGUCGGCCGAUUCAUCGUCCACCUAUUUAUUGAUGACAUCAUCAUCAUCCGCGGUCGCAAUGGCCAAUCGAAAGGGUAUGCACGAUUCAUACAUCGAUUACUGUAACGAGCAACAAUACAAACGUGACACACAUAUUGUUUCAAAAAAUGCAUCAACCUCCACAUUUACUAACUAUACGGAAAUCAGUCCACCAUCCAAUGAUCAAACACUUAUUGUACCAUCGAUCAUAAUUAGUGCACCAAACUCAUCUAGCAUUAAUCAAAACAUGCCUUCAUUAACCAUAGUUUUUCCAUCGUCAUCAUCAUCACCAUCCACCUUAUCCACAUUAUCAUCUUCAUCAUCAACAAAAACACCACCACCAACAACCGUAGCAUCGAUAGCAUCAGCAUUGCGCUGCAAAGGCUGCAACUCGCUGAGGAGCUUGAAUUUGCGUGAUCGUUGCGGCAGUUUACCAACGCAUAAUCGAACAACCAGCGAUGGAACCGCGCAAUUGAUUCAGAAUCAAUCGAUGCCGCCACCACGAACCAUACCAUUAGCAAUAACUGGACGUCCGCAUUCGAUGUACACAAACAGCUAUCGCCAUAGUCCACCGGUCAAUUCGAAUCAUAGCGGCAGCCAACCGGUGCCGUUGAGUCCAAGUUUGAAAACGUUCUCAAAAAGUUGCUCGGAAAGUGAUGGUUCGUCAUUGAGUAUUGAUGAGCCAGAUGGUUGUUUCACCCCAGACGAAAGCAAUGGUUUCCCAGUAAAAACGUACAAUCCAUGCACAUCUGGAUCUGUGAUACCUGAAGAGAAUGGUGAUGAAUUUGUGACAUCAUCCGAUCAUAGCAUACCAAAUAUAAAUGGCAUUCGUACGGGCUCAAGCAGUGGAUCGCUUUCGCUACCAAUUCAAUCUCAGCAACAGCAACAACAGCAACCGUAUCGAACCGAGAGUCCACAGUCAGCAUACAGCCCAUACGGUAAUUCACCAGUCAUUGAUCAACCGAAUAACACGGGCUAUAUGAUGAUGUCACCUGGCGCCGAUUAUAAUAAAGGAAUGUUUGCAAGUACGAACUCGUGCGCACUGAGUCAAGCGUCCAGUUUGGCAGAGGAUUGCGUUGAUUCGUAUGUGCCAGUUCAGAGUGGUUUACGACCAACUGGCGAAGAGUACAUUGAUAUGGAACAAAAUCUUCCGCAUGCCAACAAUACCAGCAGUAUGAGUUCGGCCGCAUCCAGUUGCAGCAUCACAUCGGGCACACCGUCAACAGACUUACGCUUUGCCGAAUAUCAACUCGACAAAGUGGUGUCACAUUUCACGCCCGAUGAUGAUGAUCCAAAUAUGUUCCUGGAGCGACCAAUUCGAGCUUAUUCGGUGGGCAGCCGACUGGAGCACAACAAGCGCAAAAUGCGCGUUGAUAUGCUAUCGGCUGAACAUGGCAGCAAUACGUCACGUGUACGAGCAUUUUCCGUGGGAUCUAGAGCCAAAGUGGCACGAUCCGAUCUAUACAAAGGCUUAACUAACUCAACGAAUUUAAUGAAAGCAAAUAGUCAGGACAUUGCAAAUUUGAAUACAACGAUAAACAACAACCGGAUGGCGGUGAGCAGUUCGUCGCACAAUCAAAAUGCAUUAAACAACAAUAUUAGCAGUGGUGGCAGCUCGAGUGACAUGAACAAGAAAUCCAUGAGCAUACCAUAUUUGGCGAAUGGACCACGGUCAACGGAGAGCUGUCACAAUCUCAACAAUAAGAGCAAUUCAAUCGAUCCGAUGGACGAUCUAAUGGAAAUCGAUUUCUCAAAGAAAGACGAUGAUUCAUUGUCGAAUGAUUCGAGCUAUGACCCGAAACACUCGAGCUGCUACGAUCUAAUGGAAAUUGAAUAUCCGCAAAAUGGCAAUCAGGCGGAGAUUGGCAAGAGAAAGAAGUCUGCAUCAAUAUCGGGCACAUCUGUGUUGAAAGAAUCGGCAGCAACAUCACAGCCGUUGCCAAUUGGCCGACGCAAUGAUGGGCCAAGUGACAGUGACGGAUACAUGUCAAUGAAACCGGUCGGUAGCAGUGAUUCAAAGCACAGCACAAACAGUUUAACAUUUCAACGGGGUGUCAGUAGCUCGAGCAUUUCAUCGUCACCAACCAAAUAUGCUUCAACAAGGACGGCAAGUAUUUCAUCUCCAGCGGCAACGCAUCGAAAUAUUCCAGUGUCGCGAACUCAUCAAAAUUCGAUUAGCAACGAUGAUUAUUUGAACAUGAGCCCGGUGAAUGUACGCUCAUCGGCCAUUCCCAAAGUAUCUAGUCAAAGUUCACAACUACAACAAUUACAGCACCAGCAGCAACAGCCAGCAAUGCAUCAUGUGGGUUCGGGUAAUGCACCCGACGGCUACAUGGAAAUGUCGUGGAACAAUCGAACGACCAAUAACAAUUCAAAUAACCUAAAUAAUAACAAUAACGUUGGCCAUAUUGCCCUUGAACGAAACCGACAGUCGUCAUCAUCAUCGAUAUCAUCAUCAAAUGAGUACAUCAACAUGAAUUACACUGGUAAUAUUCCGCGUACAUCGAGCGCAAGCAGUGACUGCAGCAGCACAAGCAGCAUUGAGAUUUCCACUCAUGCCAUUGAAUCGCGCAACAGUCGCAUGCGUUCACUUCCAAUUGCAAUUAAGAAAUCAUCAUCAUCGCAACAAUCUCAGCCAAACAAUGCCACAAUUUCCAAACAAACCAUAGGCGCCCAGCCACCAAAUAAUCCGUAUCACAGUUUUGCCGCCAGCAAAAUGGUACCGCCAACAUUUUUGAGUCUGAAUACAAAUAUUAAACCGACAAGUGCUCAAACAUCAUCCGAUUCAAUGAGUGAAUGUAGCAUUACAACGCCAACCGGUGACAUCACACCACACAAUGCAUCCACCAUUUUCCCAUUCAGUCCAAAUAGCCCGAAUAGCGGAGUGAACAAGCAAAUCUUUUCUAGUCAAUCGAUGCAAUUGCAUUGCGAUGAACAAAAGCGUAAAUGCCUUGUGGAUGGUACAACAGGCACAUUACGUUUGUCGGAAAGUGAAUCUGAGCCUCCAACCCCGUCUGCAUAUCCUACUCACAGUGCUAAAUCAACUAAAACAAUGAUUCCGCUCGAUGUACUGAGCAGCGAUUACGCUGACAUGACACUUGGCAGCAGUAAAUCGUCAAUGCGAAACACCGGGCCAACGCUUAGUCCAAAAGAGAAUAUAAAAAAGUUGAAAUCGUCAUUUUUCGGCUGCAGUAAAAUCGACGAAAACAAAAUGGAUUGUUCAGCGUCCGGAUCUGGUUCUGGUUCAAAUAAGCCAACCACACCGUCAACGACUGUUACAACCAAUUCCAAAAAUUCCAAUUGUGAUGAGGGAGACUAUACACUAAUGAAUCCCGUAUUGAGCAAACGUAUCGUAACGCCACAGCCUCAAAUGCAACAAUCGCCACAAGAACCGUUCCCAUUGAAGAAAACGGCACUCGUGUCAACCAACAACGAUCCCGAUAAAUUGCUGGCCAACACACAAGUGAAGACAAAUAUCGAUGGUUUCAAACCGAUUACCUCGCGCGCUGACAUAGAAGUGUUCCAACAGAAUAAAUCCAUUUCUACGGCAAACACUUCGUUCAGCCGACAACGUUCGGCACCGAUGGACAAACAGGUACGAAAACCAUCAAUCGACAAUGGUGGCUAUGAAAUGCUUGAAUUGAGAUCGAGCAGCUCGUCGCAUUCGAUGGGCGGACGAAGCAUCGCCCGACCAAAUUCGGUGAAUAGUGAAAAGACCACGUUUACCCCAUUGAAUCGGCCCAACUCCGCCAACAGUGAACGCCAAUCAACUUCCACAUUUUCGCUGACGUCAACACCACUCAACGAAAUGGGAACACAAUCGGUUCGUUCAUCGUCGUCAACAUUGUGUGGCAGUGGCACCAUAACUCGGCCUCAAUCAUCGUCAUUUUUAUCAUCGGGCUCUGACUACAGUCAAUCAUCACGUCCAUCGUCUGUCGUUUCGGUAAUUGAACAACAGCAACCGCAGCAGCAGCAGCAAACGACACAAACGAUGACACCAACGACUGUAUUCACAUCGCGACCACCAUCCGUUAGCUCGGAACGUGAAUUACACUAUGCUAGUCUUGAUUUACCUGCAUGUUCCUCAAUCACUGCAGCUCCAUUGGUCAAUAGUACGGCAGGCAAUAUUGCAACCAUUCAAAAUCCAAACACAGGCGCUGAAGCUCCCACCUUCACAUAUGCACAAAUCGAUUUCGUGAAAAGUAACGAAACCUCAUCAACCAACAACAACAACAACAACAAUAACAACAACAACAACAACAACAAUGCUUGAAAUUGAGACAUAGAGAACAAAAGACAAGACAUACACAGAUGCCAAUAAACCCCAAAUGCUCCAGUUUUUAGCGCCACUCGAAAAUGAAUCAAAAUGUGAUCGAAUGAAGCAGACAGACCGACAAAUGUGAGAAGAAAAAGGAAAACGAUACAUCGCAGUUGAUGCAGAUAACCCACAUAAAUGAGUAUUGUGCGUUUGAGAAAAUUGGGUCAUUCCAUUAUUAGGAAACGAGGGAAAUAGUUUAAAAAGGGAAAAGAAUAGGAAACGAAAAAGGAAACAAUUUGAUUAAUUGGUUCGAAAUUUAGGAGAAGAAUAAUCGAGAAGUAACUCUUGAUGAAUGAAGCGUUCAUUUAGGACAGUGCAUCGAUACUGAACCAAAAAUGGAAAACAUAUACUGAAACUGAAUAUAUUGAAGGUGGCUUCUAAAACCCAUAAAUUAAACAAAAAAUGAAAUGAAAAUAAAAAGCUUUAAAAACACUUCGAAUAAAUUCGCUUUGCAAGAAAUGAAUUUAUUGCGAACACAUGAAUCCCAGUAAGAAUUCCGCGUAUGUGUACAUAGCACAUAGUCUUUCGGUUAUCUCUCUAUUAAUUUCCUUAUUUUUUUCUGUUGUUUUCAGUUGUUUGUAUUCGUUUUUUUAUUUUCAAAUGAAUUUUUUUCAAUUUUGAAUUUUAAAAGAGAGAAAAACUAGCAAAAUGAAACUGAAAUUGCAAUAAAUCUGAACCUACUAUGAUUUGCCUACUGAGAAUUUUUGUUUGGUUGCGUGUUUUUCAUGCAAUGCAAAGCGCAACACACAUUCAGUUAUGAAAUAUUAUUAGCGAAAUUUUAGUGGAAAAUGAAACAGUUGUUCCUUUUGUCUCUUUAUUUCUUAUUUUUUUCUGUUUACUUCAUGAAAAUGAGCUAGAGAGAAUGAAACACUCAUUUCAAAUGGAUCAUUUGUAAUGUGUAUUUUCCAUCGAUCCAACCAGUUCCGUUUAGAUUUUUACGGUCUUUUGCUGUUUUUAAAACGUCAAAUGGCUUUUUUCCAUUUAGUUGUAUACACAACGAAAUGUUGGUUCAAAUAGCAUAGCUAACUUUUAUGUGUGUGUAUUUUAUUCGUCUUAAUUUUUUUUUUGUUUCUCUUUUUAUUUAAAUACAAUAUAAAUGUUUCAUGAAACGAAUGAAUGGACGGCGUCCUAUUGUGGCUUCCGACACUUGUCCAUUGACAAUACAGCGGAAAUCAUACGCCUAGUCCGAUUCAUUUAUAUUUCCUUUUUCAAAUAGGUGUUUUUUUGUUCUUCUGUUGCGAUCAGACAUGUUUUUAUUUUCUUCCUUUUUUCCCCAGUUGAUCAAAAUUCAUUUAUUUAAUUAUUGUAUAAGAGCUAUAUAAAGAGAAAUUGCCUAUCCUUCAAGUGAGAAAUGAAAAUGAAAAUGAAAUUAAAAUUACGUUACGCUAAAAUGCUAAUUAUUAUAAACUAUUAUUAUGUAACCAUAGUCGUUAAUUUGUAUUUUUGGAACAGAAAGAAUGUGAGAGAGUGUUUUGUCGUUUGAUUGUUUGUUUCUUGUGGAAUUGUAAGACAAUGAUUUACCAGUAUGGUAAGAAGCACAUUUAAUUUUACAUUUUGAGGUAUACUAUUGUAUUGUAAUUAAAAUAUUAAAUCAUAAGUAAUUUAAAGAAAGUAA